GCGGCGAGUGAACACGCAGGUACCGACUGCGUUGCAGUGGCGCUCAGCUGAUCGCGAUAUGUUGACAGCCUGAGAGAUAGCGCUGCGUGGGCGCUGGCGUUACUGAAUAGUGAAUGAGCAAAAUUAAGUGUGUAAACAUCUUUUUAUCCAGUGAAGUGGCGAUAUAUCUUCAAGAUAAUGCGUUAGCAGAAUAUCUUUAUCGCAAAAACUGAAUACUCAUGUGUAGGGACUAAACAUUGUUAGAGUGCUGUUGGAGCGAAUGGACGAAAUGAAACGUCGUGUGGCAUGUUCGUAGCGUAAUAUUUGAUUAUAUGUUCAUAAACUGACGUUGCGGUGCGGGAACUUUUGUAUCUAUAUACCUACACGAAACAGUGACGUGAAAGUGACAUGAAAUCCAAGUUUCUCAUCUAUGAUCGAGGAUGUAUUUAGCUGGUUAUUUCAACUAAUGUGAAACUGGGAAAUUUCAUCUUUGGUGAAACUGCAACGUUGAAGUUUCUAAGAACGCUAGAAAUAGAACUUAAGCCCUCGCGACUGAGUGUGAAGUAGUGCGUCGACUUUCUGACCUCGGUUGUGGUAAUGGUUGGAAUGUGUUACUUAGUGUUGUAAUAAAGAAAUGUCUACGGGAAAGCGACUUGCCAAACGUUCUAUAAUCGGAACGAGAGUUUGUGCCCCUAGAGAUGACGGGAAGUAUUAUUCAGGUGUCAUACAGGCAGUCAAAUCUACGGGUAAUGCUCCGGACGAUGAGAGUUAUUACACGGUACGCUUUGAUGAUCCUGGUCCGCAACAGAGAUUUCUUGGCGAAUACAGAGAGGCGGACCUCGUUGGUCCGGGCUUCAGAACAGUAUCUGGUCUGACUCUAGUGGCAGGACAACGCGUCUAUCUCACUUACAACGGGCGUGAAGUAAGCGGGAAUGUGAUAACUCACAAGCCUCGCAUCGACGAGCUUCUCAUCUCCAUAUCACCUCCGGGGCAAGAGGCGCUGGAGGUGCGGAAGCGGCUGGAGGAGGUGCGGCUGCUGGAGUCGCGGAAGUCCGCGCGGCUGCAGGACCAGGACACGGACUUCGCGCGCCUCGCCGACAUGGCGGGCGACCGCCGCAAGGCGCCCUCCGGCUCCAUCGACGUGCCCCUCUCAAACGGAACGCGGAAGAGACGGCCCAGCAUGUCGCACGCCGACGACGCCAAGGAGCUGGACUUCAUGGACGAGUGCAUGGCCGCGCUGGUGCUCAUGAGGCUCUCCUGCAGCCCGCACUCGCCCAAGAUGAGAGGCCCGUCGCCGAGCCCCGGGUCGGACGCGUCGGGCCGCAGCGGCACGCCCUCGCCCCCGCUCAGCGACGCCGGCUCCGCCUCCGGGUCGACGGCGGCGCUCUGGGCGCACCUCAACGCCGACGAGGGCAUCGUGCUCGACGACUUCGACGACCUUCCCAAGCGCAAGAAGGCAAUCCGGACGACAGUGUACCACUGCACCUGGCCUGGCUGCCUGGCCAUGACCACAACCUGUGCUGCCAUUGAAUCCCAUGUCCGAAAAGCACACCUUGGACGACAAAAUGGACCAGAGAAUGGCAAAGACUGGGAUCAUGAGGAAGAAUUUUACUACACAGAGGUAGAGAUUGGGCUACAUGCAUCAUCACCACCUACACUGUCACACCGUGACAUGGCACGUCCACCCUAUGAAGACCCAGAGUACCAAAAACAGUUGAAGAAUGGUUACCACAAAGCAGGACCCAUCAACAUUCCUGCCGGCAACUAUUCUUCAUCAGCAUCAUCCUCACCGAAUUCACCUCUGAAACACCUGAAACUGAGCCCUCGUUCGGAGUCCAGUUUUCCCACAUCAACUACAAGCAAAUUAUUAUCAGGGAGCCCCACACGCAAAAUGCGAGGAGAAACAAAGAAGUGUCGAAAAGUGUACGGGAUGGAACAUCGAGAACUGUGGUGUACACAGUGCAAGUGGAAGAAAGCGUGCACACGGUUCGGUGACUAAAUUUUAAAGCUGUGAACUGGUUCAGAACUGCUGAGCUUCAGUAUUAAAGUGCACUUUAAAGUGAAAAUAAAACAGAUUUAUGGUACAUUUUUGCCAAUGAAUUACUGUUUUGACAAAGCACAAAUUUUAUAAUUGAGUCUUUUAUUACUGCCUCGGUGAUUAUAGAACACACUUGUGAUGCUUUCACAGUGGCUGCAGAAAUGUGUAAGAGGAGGUCUCUGUUCACGAUGUGAACUAUCUUCCAGGCCUUUGGGUUUCAAUUACAGUAACUGUAAUACAGAAAACAUUUUUUAAAUUGGUGUUCUGCGUAUUCAUUCCCAUCAAAAUGAAUUGCCUACUUGAGAUCUUGGGUGUGAAUUAAUAUUUUCAGAGGCAGAACACCUAUGGUCUGGAUAUGUGAAUACAUAUGGAGCAAAGAAGUUAUUUAUGUUAUGUCAUGUUAGUGAUUUUGAAGGAUUUAUAAUGAAUUCUUACAUUUUCAAACAAUAUUUGUUAUUUUAUAACAAAGUGUACAGAUUUGUUAAUUUGUAUGCUCAGUUCUGUGAACAGGCUGUAAUAUAUUAUAUUUGAACUUGAGGGACAUUAUAAUACAAAUAAAUGAUUCAAAUGUUUUUGAGAUACUAAGAUAUCUCUGAAUGACCUGAUGUCACUGCCCAUUUAAUUCCGUGCCUGUGAUUGUAUGAACUGAAAGUGAUAUUAAAGAUGAUUUUAUACAUUUUUAAGAGAUGUACUAAGAUACAGAGAGAUACUCUUUGACAAUGUUAUAAAUUUAGCACUCUUUUAAACAUCAUAGGAACAAAGAAAAAGCACUACUAUUUCAGAUUUUUUUUUAAAAAAAAGUUAAUAUUGUCAAAGAGCUGUUUUUCAGUUGUGCUGCAAAAGCAGAUAUUUUUAAAAAAAUGUAGUUGUUAAUGAUGUUAUUGCCAAAAAACUCAAAUAUAAUGAUGCUGAACUUCAGUUAUUUAUAUAUUUCCUGCAUUAAUUAAGUUUCCAGGUGUGAUCCACAAAUACAGUCCAUAUUUACUCGUUUUUAAGGAUUGAGAGAGAGAAAAGAAGGAAGGAAGGAAGGAAGGAAGAAAGAAAGAAAGAUGGGAUGUGGCAAUAUAAAGUGUCUGGUGGUGCUGACAAAAUUGUUCUAUGAGUUUUCACUCACCCUGUACAUGUACUGAUCCUUUGUGUUAAAAUGUUAUAGCCAUUAAAAUUGUUCACAGUAUCUGGAUACUUAGGGUUAUUAUGAAUAUCCUGUUCACUUAAAUUCAGUUGCAGUUAUAUUCUGAUGUUAUCUUAAUGUGUAUUAGUAUCACAAUGCUCCUAAAAGUAAAGUGUGGUUGUUUACUGAGUCUCUUAUUACCAAAUGUUCAGCAUACACUCAUUAGUACCUGUUUCUUUUGUCAAAUGGCAUACAGUUAUCAACUAUUAUCUUAAA